GCACACUUCAACAUCUGCCAGCCGCAUUUCCAUCCAAUCAUGGCGUCUGUUCGGCUCUUGUCACUGACACUCUUCGGCUUCCUUGUCGGCCUGGCCACCUCUGCCCAGCUUUCCGUCGGCGUGCAAUCUUCCCAGCUUCUCCCCAACCCGUCUACCUUACCUCCUUCCACUCACGCCGUCCUCCUCGGACCCCCAGGCAUUCGAUAUGAUGUGCCCUUGCGCCGAGACAACACCUUCCACUUCCCCGAUCUCGCAGAAGCCAGCUAUCUCCUCACCGUCCACUGCCGAGACCACUUCUUCGCUCCCCUGCGCGUGGACGUGACGAAAUCCGAAGUCGAUCCUUCACAGCACACCCUGACUGCAUGGCAGACCUUCAGAGGGAACGAGUGGGAGCACAAGGGCGCAGUCUACGGCUCUGCGCAGGAGUCGUUGACCAUACAAAUACCGUCUGGCGGAGCAAAGGACUUCUACCAGGCUCGAGGCGGGUUCAGCUUGAUGGGUUUCGUCAAAAGUCCCAUGAUUCUCCUUUCCCUGGGUGCUGUGGUCAUGAUCUUCGGCAUGCCGUACAUGAUGGAUAACAUGGACGAGGAGACGAAGAAGGAAUUUCAAGAGCUGCAGCGGAAGCAGCCAUUGACCGGCGAAGAGGGUGCCGCUACGCAAUUACAAAAUUUCGACCUAGCUGGAUGGAUGGCGGGAAAGAGCUCUGGUUCGAGUACGCCCAAUACCGGCGGAGGCGGUGCAAAACGAAGAUAGCAUGAUGGCAGUAGAGCGACAAGUAUUCACUGGUCAAUUCCCCGC